CAGGAAAGGCAAGAGCAGCUGUGGAGAUAAGAGAAAAGAUGAGCGUGUCUUCAGAAGGCUCCGGCCCCUCGGUGGAGGACGACGUGGAGUCUGUGAGCUCCACGGACGAGCUGCUGGGCUCCCAGUCGCGCCGCUGGCUGGCCGACCUGCUGCACGGCGACAUGACGCACGACAACGGCGAGGUGAGCACCGUGGGCCAGGACGGCCUGUUCGUGGACUACCACUUCCCUCUGGGGGACCUGGAGCUGCAGGACGACAUCAAGUGGAAACGACCCAAGGAGAUCUGCUCGUCUCCUCAGUUCAUAGUGGAUGGAGCAACGCGCAUGGACGUGCGCCAGGGGAAGCUGAAUGACUGCUGGUUGCUGUCUGCCAUAGCGUCUCUCUCCCUGCAUCGCCCCCUGCUGGAGAAGGUCGUUCCUCUCAAUCAGAGCUUUCAGGACGGAUACAACGGCUGCUUCACUUUCCAGUUCUGGCAGUACGGUCAGUGGGUGGACGUCAGGAUUGACGACUUGUUGCCGACUCAGGGAGGCCAGCUGAUCUAUCUCAACUCCCCAGAGAAAUAUGAGUUUUGGAGCUCCCUGCUGGAGAAGGCCUACGCCAAGCUGAAAGGAGGCUACCGUGCUCUGGACAUGGGCUUCCCUCACGAGGCCAUGGUGGACAUGACCGGCGGGGUGUCCGAGGUCCUGAACGUGGCCUCGCUCCCCAGAGAGCUGCCGGCCUUCCUCACACAGCUGCUGGCCAAAGGAGCGCUCAUUAACUGUGCCAACUGCCAGGGUCCUCUGGAGCAGAGGAAUGAGCUGGGCAUCAUGUUCAGACAUGCCUACUCUCUGACUGCAGUGAACAAGGUGAAGACGAAGCAUGGCACGGUGGAUUUGGUGCGAAUCCUCAACCCCUGGGGCAACACCGAGUGGGAGGGGCCAUGGAGUGACUUCAGAGGGCCUGAGUGGAACUCAGUGAGCGUAGAGGAGCAGCAGAGGCUGGACAGAGUCAACAAGGAGGACGGCGAGUUCUGGAUGUCUGUGCCAGACUUCCGGCAGAACUUCGAGGUCAUGGAGGUGUGUCACAUGACCGAGAGUCUCUGCCAGCCGGGCCCCAACGUGCAGCCGUGGUCCUGCGUGGUGCAUCAUGGGAACUGGGUGCCGCGGAUCUCAGCGGGGGGCCGUCCUGAAGCAGGUUGGUUCUGGCAGAAUCCUCAGUUCUUCUUCCCGCUGUCAAAGGAGGACGACAAGUCGGAGGACUCUGAGAGGAGCUGCUCCUUCCUGGUGGCUCUGAUGCAGAAACACCACAGACGCAGGGGAAUAGACCUGGCUAUUGCCCUGCACAUAUACCCGGCCCCUCCUGACCUGCAGCACCUGACCUCCUCACACAUGAGCUCGCUGCGGCCCGUCCUCUGCUCCGCCUACACGACACGGCGUGAGGUGGUGCUCCGUAGCCGCCUGCCGCCCGGCCGCUACAUCAUCAUCCCAUCCACGUACGAGCCCAAUCAGGAGGGAGCGUUCCUCGUCAGGGUGCUGACAGAGAAGGGCAACGCUGCCGUACCCGCUGACAAACCCGGGAUACAAGACGUGUCUUUGUUAAAGGAGCCUUCGUAUCCACACCUGGCUGCUCUUCCUAACCUGAAGUCCACACACCGUCUGUUCAACAAGCACUGCGGCCAGAGUGGAGUCUGCAAGCCCGUUCACCUGCACAGCCUGCUAUCCGAGGCCAUGCAGGGAGGAGUUCUGGCAGGCAGUGAGAAGAUGCUGAGUCUGGAGCAGUGCAAGAGCUUGGUGGUCCUCAUGGAUAGCCAAGGCCUCGCUCAGCUCAGCUGGCAGGAGUUCAAAGGCCUGUGGGACAAGAUCAGGAGGUGGACGGACAUCUUCCUGGUGUAUGACAAGAAUAAAUCAAAGCGCCUGGAGUAUCGGGAGGUCGGUCCCGCUCUGGCGGCAGCAGGCAUCGUCGUGGACGAUUUUAUAAUGCAGCUGAUCGGCCUGAGAUACACGGAGCCAGACCUGACCAUCAGCUACCCCGGCUUCCUGUACCUGCUGAUGAAACUGGACACCAUGAUCCGCAAGUUUCAGGCGUACGACAUGGUGGGGAUGGGCUCCAUAACCAUCAGCUACAAACAGUGGCUCCACAUGACCUUGUUCAGCUGAUGGGACCUGAUCACACAGCCCGGUGGUUUCUGCCACGUCCAGUCUGCUUUAUCUGAUCACUAACUGUUGUUGCUGGUGUGUGACUAACAUGUAGCGCUUAGUUUCAGUGUAACAAUAGAAAUGUGCAGUGUAGUUGAGGGGUGAAAGCGUUGUUUUGUAACAGCUGUGAUGAAUAACCACAAUUUUUACAAUACAGUCUUUGUAACAAUCAUGCACAUUGUAAUUUUUUUUCCUUCUGAUGUAUUCUGUCAUGAUUCAGUCAAACAUGUGGGGUCAAACCUGCGUCAGAGUGAGAUUUAAAUGGAUCAAUGAGAGAAAAAAUAAAAGUGUUAGUUUGUUUCAGC